AUGCUUUUUUAAAUUUUUACUUUCUUAUUUUCAUAGUUUGUGCUUUUGAACUCACAAUGGACAACCUAUACUUCGAUGUUAUAUUAUGAUUCGUAAUUUACUCAAAAUACAGGGGAUUUGGCAUGGUAUAAUUCCGGAGGAUUUUUAUUGCCUUCAAGCUAAACAACAGCAAAUUUUAUCAGUUGUUCAACCCCUUCCACAAGUUAUAUUACUUUAAAUAAUAUAUAUCCAUCCGCUGAAACAUAUAAUGUUUAUAGCUUUUAAGGUGAAAAUUGGAUAUCUAUGGACUUAUAUUUUCAGAGUACAUGGUCCUCUUAAAAAGUUGAAAUUACACUUGGAUCAUUUUCUUUUAUAUAUACCUAUACUUCCCCGACAACUUAUCCAUUAACUGGAGGAUUUUGUGAUAACUCUUCUUAUGAAGUUAAGACUCUUAAUUUUACAUAUGGUGUUACAGGAACGACAAGCCAAGAAAAAUUAAAAAUUAAAUCCUAUAAUACAAAUUCAGGACAAGUCUCAUUUAAAAACGUGUACAUCUCAAAUAUAAUAUGCUAUCCAUCAUGUAGACUGUGCGCAGGCCCAAAUUAUAAUUAAUGUACAAGUUGCUAUUAUGGAUCAACGACAAAUAGCAUUUGCCCACCUUGUUAAUAAAAUUAGUUCUAUUGGAAGCACUCGGGAUGCUAUAACAUUUGUAAAUUCGAUAAUCCAUUAUUGAAAAAUGGGUUUUGUUAAGAAUAUCCAAUUUAAGUAAUUGAAUAAGGUUAUUAUGAUAGCAAUUCGAUACAAGCGUUGAGAUGGUAGAUUAUAUAUGACCCGCAACAUUUAGAGACAAAUUAUACUAAAAAUGCCUAUGCAUAUGGAGUAUUCAGGUUUAAUUCUGGUGUCAAUAGAUAUAUGAAUAAUUUGCCUAACUAUUCUUAUUCGACAUAUUUGGUUGGAGUAGUAAUUUCAAUCAUGACUUAUAAUGAUAUUCCACUUAAUUGUGGAAUAUAGUUUAAGAUUAAUAAUACUUAUUAUGGAUCUAUUUAUAGGAAUGCAUCUGGGAUUCAAACCCAUUAAGUCAAAAUAUCUCAAAUUACUAACUAUGGAUCAUACCUUUCGUAUGCCUAGAGUUAAAUGUAUUAAAUUAUUGCAUAUGUUGACAUUCCUAAAUAUUCAUUUUUAUUUUCAGUUGUAGGAAAUUACACAGUUGACACAGCAGGAUGGGGAAUUUCUGGAAUCUAAGUUACUUAGGGAUAUUGUUCUAAUUAUUGCUAAUUGUGUGAAGUAUCAUUUAAAUGUAAAAUUUGUCAAAGUGGAUGCUUUUUUUAUCGAGAUGGUAGUUGUACAUGUUCUUGUUCAGCUCCAUACUAAAAACCAUAGGACUCUUAUUGUUAUGAUUACGAUGACGAAACACCUUACUCUUCAUAUUUGAUUAAGGAAUAUAUAAGUUCUGCUGGUGACCCUGAAUAAUAUGCAAAGUAUACUUUAAUUUCACAAAGUGGAACAAACUUUUUGAAAGGAUCAAAUAUCUAUUUUUCAUUUUAUAAUUAACUUAGACUCUUUGGAGGUCCUUUAGUAUGGGCAUAAGCUAAAUUCUAAAGGGUUCAUACUAUAUCAUCUCCACAUCAUAGUCUCACAAUAGCAUUUUAUAUUUUAUAUGGACCAUCUUUCUCUGAAGAUGGACAAUUUAUAUAUACAAUUGAGAAUAAUGCACCAGUUACUAAAUCAACUUAAUUUUUUUUUUCAACUUAUUUUGAUUCAAAAUAUGACAAAGUAUAUGAAAAAAUCAAUCAUAAUACAAAUACAUUAACAAUCACAUGGGAAUGCUUUGGACCAAAUAAUGAACCAAUUCAGGCAUUUUGUGGAGUCUAUAAUUAUUAUAUUGCCGUUCAUAAUUGCUAACCUUAUUGUUUAGAAUGUGAGGAUUAAUCUAAAUGUACUUAAUGGAACAGCACUUAUGAUUCUAAUAUCGUUAAAUUUUCUUAAGCAGAAUGUUUGAUUAACCAAUAUCAUGAUAAAGAAACUGUAAGAUGUUUAGAAUGUCCAUAAUCCUGUUUAACAUGUACAUCUAAAUUAGAUUGUUAAACAUGCAAAUCAACUUAUACCUAAUCUAAAUUAGGAUGUACUUGCAAAAUGAAUCAAUAUGAAGAAUCAAAUCAGUGUUUUGAUUGUCCAAUUGAAUGUAAUUAAUGUUUAACUUCUACUUAAUGUAUAGAAUGUUUAAUUUCUAAUAAUAGAAAAUUAUCAAAUGGGUAAUGCAAUUGUAUUGACGGGUAUUAUCAUAUAGUAUCUAAUCCUUAAUGUAAGCUAUGCCAUUAAUUUUGUAAAACUUGUACUGGACCAACUGCAUCUGAGUGUUUAACUUGCAAUAAUAUUGUUAAUAUUGAAUAUGUUGGAUCCACAUGUCGAUGUCCAGCAGGAUAUUCUUAUAAAGAUGCAACAAAAACUUGUGAUUCUUGUCAUCCAUAAUGCUAAACAUGCUUUAGAACAAAAAUUGAUGGUUGUCUAACAUGCGAUCCUGCUUCAAAUAGAAUAUUAAAAGGAUUAAAUUGUGUUUGUAAACCUGGUUAUUAUGAAAAUAAUACUAAUUGCACAAGUUGCCCAACUAUAGAAACUCCAUCUCUUAGUUAAUGUUAUAAAAUUUGCAUAAAUAAUUAAUUGAUAUGGCAUACUGCCACUUGUAGUUCUUGCGAUACUGGGUUUUAAUUAGUAUCUGGAUAAUGUCAACCUAUUUGUGGAGAUUUAUAAAAGAAAGGAUAUGAAUAAUGUGAAGAUAAUAAUGCAAUCCUUAAUGAUUUAUGCUUUAAUUGCUAAUUCUAAUGUCCAGCUCAUUGUUUAACUUGUGAUUAAUCAAUAACCUUACCUUGUCCUGAUAUUUGCGGAGAUGAAAUUAUAACAGGAAUCGAAGAAUGUGAAGAUGGAAAUAAUAUUUAAUAUGAUGGAUGUUUUAAUUGUAAAUAUUAAUGUUAACCUUAAUGUACAAAUUGCAUAAAAGGAUAAUGUUUUGAGUGUUCUACUGCUGGUUGGCGAGUAGAUACUACGGUUACACCUUGGUAAUGUAACCAUAUUUGUGGAGAUACGAUAACAGUUGGAAGUGAAUAAUGUGAUGAUGGAAACUCUUCUGAUACAGAUGGUUGCAAAAAUUGUAUGUAUUUCUGUCGACUUGGUUGUUCUUCUUGUGAUUAUUCAACCAACAAAUGCUUAAGUUGUUCUACACCUGGGUUUGCUCCUUAUUCUUACUAUUGUUAAAAUAUAUGCGGAGAUGGCAUAGUCGCAAUAGAUCCUACUGGGUUUUUUACAGAGUAAUGCGAUGAUGGCAAUACUACUAAUUAUGAUGGUUGCAGUAGUUCUUGUGAAUUUUAGUGUUAAAAUUCAUCUAUUUGCACUAAUUGCGUAAGUAGUAGAUGUGAAACAUGUGCUGUUGGAUAUGUUCUCUCGAGUCAAAAAAUAUGCAUACCAAUUUGUGGGGAUUCCUUAAUUGUAGCAUUUGAAUAAUGUGAGAAAUCGUUUAUACUACCAUACAAAGGUUGCUAAAAUUGCUUAGCAAAAUGUCAAAAUUCUUGCCUCACUUGUGAUAAUUCUGGGCUUGGCUGUCUAGCAUGUAAAACUGGUUACAACAGAAUUGAUUAUUUAUGUUAUUCAAAAUGUGGGGAUGGAAUAAUAACAUAAGAUGAAGAAUGUGAUGAUGAUAAUUUAGUAAUUGGGGAUGGAUGUCAUUUCUGUAAAUAUAGUUGCUAGGAUUCAUGUCUUUUUUGUCUUAAAGGAAUCUGUUAAGAUUGCUAAGAAGGUUAUCAAUUAGUAAAAUCUAAAUGCUACUCUAUAUGUGGAAGUGGCUUUUAAUAAUAUAAUAAACAAUGUGAUGUAGUAACUUCAUUGCAAACUUAUCAAAAUUGCUAAUCUUGUAAAUUUACUUGUGAUUCAAAUUGCUUAUCAUGUUAAUUUGGUAUUUGUUAGCAAUGCAAAGAUGGAUAUGAAUUAGUGUCGAAUAAAUGGCUGUGUGUUAAAUCUAUAUAAUAUAAUUCUAUUGUUGUUGAAUACUGUAAAAUCUAAAUUGGGGAUAGUUGUGAUUAGUGUGAAGAUUAUGCCUACUUUGAAAAAGGUGAGUAAAAGUGCAGGUUAAAAGCAGCACCAUUAAGUUUUUGCCAGUAUUAACUUAGAUUAUCUCCAGAUUUAUAUUGUAGUUAUUGUUUUGAUUACUGUGAGUCUUGUAAUGAAAAUAAUUGUCUAAUUUGUUAAAAAGGCUAUUAUUUGGAUGAAAACUAUUCCUGUGUUUCUAUUUGUGGAGAUGGCAUAAUAGUUUAGGAGGAAGAAUGCGAUUAUGGAAGUGAAUACUAAAUAGAUACUUGUUUAAAUUGUAGCUUCUAAUGUCCUCAAUAUUGUAUGUCUUGUGUUUACGGUGUUUGUUAUCAUUGCUUAGUAGGAUUUUAUUUGAAUAAUUUGAGUAAUUAAUGUACUUCUGUUUGUGGUGAUAAAAUAUUGGCGAUUGAUGAAGCUUGUGAUUAUGACAAUUAUGAAGGAUAUGUUGAUUGUGCUUAGUGUUAAUUUAAAUGUCAAGAUGAGUGUUUGGAUUGUUAACUGGGAAAAUGUAUGUUAUGUGAACUUCCUUUAAUACUAUCAAAAAGUAAGUGUGAAGAAAUAAAAUAAUGUGAAGGUUUAGUAGGAUUGUAUUAUGAUAAUGAUAGUAAUGAUUGUCUACCAUAAUGUGGAGAUGAAAUUGUGGCAGGUAAUGAAGAUUGUGAAGAUUUUAAUAGUCUUCCUGGUGAUGGAUGUUACGAAUGCAAAUUUUAAUGCUCAAAAGAUUGUCAGGUGUGUUAAGAUAGAGUAUGCAUUUAAUGCAUAACAGAUUAUUAUUUAAAUAAUUAUCAAUGCUUGUUAGAUAAAGCAAAUGAUAAUCUUAAUUCUAGCAUUAUCGAAGAACCUAAAGACAACGAUCCUGAUCCUAACAUAAUCAUAGAAACUUAAAAUAAUGGUACAAGUACUGAUAGUACAAAAUUAGAAUAGAGUUUAUGGAAAGAUAAUAAGAUAUGCCGAGGAGAUGAAUGCGUAUAUUCUAAAAAAGCCAUCAUGUAACUGACUUACAUUAAAUAAUUAUAUGCUCUAUAAUAUGUUGAUAUUACAUUUGACUAAGAAGUAAAAAUUCAGGAUAAUAUAAUAAAAGAUCAAAUGCUAUUUAAUAUUAGCAUCAAAGAUUUAGAUUCCAAGUAUUAUAAUAUUACUAUUAAUCCAAUUUAAUAUAUUUCAUUCGAUCUCUAAUAUGCUUAGUAUUAGGUUUAGAUUGAGAUAUUAUAACAACUUUCAAUCAAUCCUGUUCUCUUAAUUGAGUUGAAUCAAAAAUUUGUUAACUCAAACAAUUAAACAAUUCUUAAUCCUAAUGAGUCAAUCGUUCUAUAACUACCGAAAAUAAUGUCUGAAUCAUCAAAAUAGAUAUCUAAUUUAGCUUCAUCAUCGAACAAAGCCUUUAUGAUUGGAGCAAUAACCAUAUGUGGAGUUUCUUUAAUUUCUAGUUAAAGUUCCUUUGUUAUUGAAACACUGAAUCUUCUGUAAUAUUAAUCAUUCUUACGAUUUAUUAAUGUAGAUUAUCCUGAAAACCUCUAAAUAUAUUUUUAAGCUUAAGAGAUGCUAUCAAUAACAUCAUAUAUAUAAUAUUUUCAAGCUGAUGACUAUUUAAACAUAAUAACAAGAAAAGAAAAAUAGGUUAAUCUAAGUGGAAAAUUUCAAUAAUAUAAUGUAGAGGCUGAUCUUUUUACUAAUUUUUUACCUCAAUUUAUUUAAAUUUUAGCAUUACUACCACUACUGUAUUUUGCCAGGAGUCUUUUUCUUUUAUUCUUUAAAUUAGGCUAGUAUAUGAAAUGUCUUGAAUACCAAACAACCUAUGAAUCAAAGAUUUUAAUGGCAAUCAUUAAUUUAUUACUUAAUUUCUAAAAUCAUGUCAAUUAAUUAACCAAAUUAAGAUAUCUUUAAAAUUAUAAUAAAAUACUACAACCUAUUUAUGUUAACUCAUGGGAUUUGAUAUUUAAAGUUAUUUUAUAACUUAAUUAUAAUCGGGUUGACAAUUUGAGAAGUAUUUUAACUACUAUUUUUGCAACUUCCAUAUUUUUGAUGUGUAUUUGCUUGUUAUUGAAGUCGUUUAGUAUAUGUAGCAAACUUAAGGAUUAAAAUACUAAAGUAAAUCAGUAAGUAAAAUUCAUAGCUUUAGAUAUUUCCAGAACUAUGUUUUUCCACAUCGUAUUGAUAAAAUUCUAAAGUUAAUAAAUUUUGCAAUGGCUAUUAAUUUCUUUUAGCAAUUUAAGCUAAUUUUAUUUAAUUUACUAAUAUAAAAUAUGUACCAAAUUCGAUAGGAUUAUACUAUUAACAAUUGAAGGAGUUUUAACAGUAUUUAGUUUAAGCUUAUUUGUAUAUUUUGAUUUUGGUUUGUUUUCUAUCUCGUAUGAAAAUUAGGUGACUUUAGGCUUUAUUUAAAUGAAUUUUUUGAUAAUGUGCCUUGGAAUAGUAUUUGCAAAGCAACUUUAUCCUAAAGUAAAGUUAAUUUUGAGCAUGAUCUGUAAACAUGGAGAAGUAUAAGCUGAAAUAAAGGCUGAUAUAAAUGCUGAUGUAUAAGCUGAAGUCAAUGCUGAAAUCAAAGCUAAAGUAAAGGCUGUUACAAGUAAUAAGGUACCUUCUUGA